AAAUUCGCACCAAGCAUCCCCACCCACCAGGAACAGCAGCAAAGCGUGUGUGUACCUGUUUUUGGAUAAUUUUGUGGCAUUUUAUUAAAAACGAGAGAUCUAUCUGUGAUAACAUAAACUAAAAUCAAUUAGGUACAUUAAGUUGCAAGAACCGCAAUAUCAGGGUUACAUAAAUAAGUCCUAAUAAUUAUGAUUGAAAAAGCUUCGUGGUCGAGUUGACCUCGCCAAGUUUGUAUUUACGGCAGCACGUAUGUCGUCAUAGCGUUUUUAUAGUAAAUAUGGAGCCUUCAGUGAGCCCCAAGAAGAAAUUGAAAAGUUUAGACGCCAUUUCGAAUUCAAAAACAUCAAUCACCUGUUCCAAUGUGCCAGAAGCUUUGUUUGAUGCAACGGAAUCUAAGAAGCACUUCACGAAAUUUGGACGAGUACACAAAAUAAGACUAUUUCCAAAACGACGAAUGUGUAUAAUAGAGUAUGACCAGCCAACUUCUGCUGAGCGAGCCUUACUUAAUGCUGGUGCCUUUGAAGGGGCUAUGUUUGAUGUUACUAGGACCAAAGCAAGAAUAAGGAAGAAAAGUAAGAAGGAUGAUGACCCUGACUGGGUCCCGGACUCUGAUUUAGAGGAAGAAUUGGCUGCUAUGAGUGGAGGACCAACACACAGGGUUCCACGGCAAAAACCCAUGGAAGUUGAACUGCCAGAAGUCAAGAUAUCUAAACCCACAAGAUUAGCUAAACAGUCUCCUAUUCGGAAAAAAGUUCCUGUAAGAGAAAAGGUUACAAUCACCCAACCCACAAGUGGGGUUGAAUCACCAGUAACUGUAUCAGUAGUGCAGACCACUAUGAAUACAAUGGAGGCGGCAGCAGAGCUACAUCAGCUUCGGUCUAGGGUGUCCUUGACGCCAGAUGAGCAGUGGAGGACUCUGGAUGCUAGAGACAGAAUAUUGAGAGCGUGGGGCGGCACUGGGUCCCGCGUCAAGGUGGGCGGCGCCACCAUCGGUACCUGCCCUGAUAUGUGUCCAGAAAAGGAAUUGCUCCACAGACAAGCAGAACAUCAGGUACUUAUUCUCGAAACAGUGGUAGACUCGGACGGACAAAUGGAGCCAUGGCGAGCGGUGAAGCAGUACAGCCGAAGCUCUGCUGACCAGGAGAUGCCAUUGUGCUAUGAACUGAGGCCUGCGUCUGUUCUCAUGCGGACUUGCUCCUAUUUGUUGUAUGAGAUUGUGGAUACUAAACGACAGGUCACACUAUCAGACUGGUUCCAUUUCAUGUGGGACAGGCUUCGUAGCAUACGAAAGGACAUCACUCAGCAAGCAUUGUGUUGUGCUGAAUCGAUAAAGCUGGUGGAGAUGUGCGCCCGGUUCCACGCGCACUGCGGCGCGCGGCUGGCGGGGCUGCAGCACUCGCAGUUCGACCCGAAGCUCAACACCGACAACCUGGCCAAGUGUCUGCAGACCCUCAAGCACAUGUACGCCGACGUCGGGCCCGAGCACAAGCCCAGCGAGGCCGAGUUCCGGGGAUACAUCGCGCUGCUCAACUUGGGCGAUGCCAACUUUUGGUGGGAGAUAAAACAACUGCCAGAAAAUAUCCAAAAAUCCGAGGCUAUAGUUUUUGCGAUCAAAGUAUUCAACGCCAUAGACAAUAAUAAUUAUGUCAGGUUUUUCAAAUUAGUGCAUCAAAAGGCCACAUAUCUGCAGGCGUGUAUUCUGUUGCGAUAUUUCAAUGAUGUCCGCGCGAGGGCUUUAGCUAGGAUCGUCAAGGCUUACGCGCCCCGCGGAGGCUCCCGGUUCCCCGCUGAAGAUUUGAUGAAUGCACUGGCUUUCGAGUCUGUUGAAAGUAUGAAAUCUUUUAUCAAUCACUAUGGAUUAAGAUUCGCUAAGGUAGAAGACACUGAACUCACAGUAAUACUAGAUAGAAAUCAAUUCCUAGAAGACAGCGAUCCUUACCCUAUAGCAAGGGCGAUAAACUUAAUAGAGUCGAAACGAAAUAGUUCUGUGGCUGAAGUAAUUGCAGGUGGAAAACUGCCACCACCAAAUUAUAGAUCUCACAACCGUUACUCCAGCUUCAAUAGGGAUGGAAGAUUAAAAGAAACAGCUCUGAUUGCCGAAGAUCUAGCAUAUAACACAGUAAAUGAUAGUAAUAGGGACAUUGAAUCAUUAAAAACAGAAAUUCAGAGAUUAUCACAGGGCGGUAGAAUAUAUGGAGUGAUUGAAAAUAAAACAAAUAAUAAUACAAUUAAUAACAUCUGGUCAAAACCAGAGAUGAAAGUUGUCAAACCUGAACCCGAAAUAAGUGUGAACAUCGUUAAAACUGAAUACCUAUUUCAACCUGCAAUUCCCGUAGCGCCGAAAGAAAUUUUGGAUAAAUCACCUGAGAAAGUAAUGACUCUUAAAGAUAAAAGCAAAUUUGUAUUUUCAAAGCCUCAAGAACCAGCCGCACUUCAUGUAACUAAAUCGAAUUCGGUAUUCAGUAAUGCCAAUUCAGAUAAGAACAAUAUUUUUGGUGUUUUAAAAUCAAAGAGUGAAGGUGCUACUGCUAUUUUUGAUAAACCAAAAAUGGAAAGGAAUAAUGAUAGCUCAUCGAAUAUUUUUUCCAAAGGUGGUGAAGGCAUUGUAAAACCAGACAGUACUGCUAAUAGUGGUAAUAUAUUUACAAAACCAGUAGAUUUCGGAACAACCAAUCCAUCAAAUAUAUUUUCUGGCUUUGACAAAAAAAGUGAUCCUCAAGCAAUCUUCAAUGAGCCAAUUAGUGGUGAUGGUACUAAUUUUGGUCAAAAUGCUUCUAAUAAAUUGUCACCCGGAACUUUGUUUAAAAAUGCAUGCAAUACUGUUAAUGGAUCAGAACCCAAGGCUUAUUCUAUAUUUCAUACGAAAAAUAAAGAAAAUUCUGUUGCUGCUGAUAUAUUUAAAUCGGUGAACCAGAAUAAAUUUGGUAGCGUGUACGAUUUUGAUCCUUAUCAGCAAACAGAAGAACAAAUGGAAAAUGAUAAAAAACAGAAAGAAGAGGAGAUAAUGAUACAAGAAAAGUUACGGAAAGAAGCGGAGAGAAAAGAAGAAGAAAGAAAAGAUGAGUUGCGACGUCAAGAAGAAUUACGCAGACAACAGGAAGAAAUGAAGCGCCAAGAAGAAAAACGUCGUAAAGAGGAAGAAAGAAAACGUGAAGAACUUAAAGUAUUGGCAGAAGAAAAGAGAAAGGCUGAGUUAAAACGAAGGGAAGAGGAAGAUCAGAGGUACCGGAUGAGAGUGGAUAAAGAAUCAUCAGAAUUAGUUGAAGAACUUGUUGAUGAAAUAAAGGAAGAAGACGCCACUAGUAUUUUAAGAGAAGAAUUUGAUAUAUUCCAAGAAUUAAUGUCAUUUUCUGAAAAUCUUUCUGAAGAAAUUGUUACGGAAUUAUGUAAUGAAAUAUGUCAGUCUGAAAUGAUGGCAGAAAAAUAUUGGACUGAAAAAGUAAUGAAAAAAUGGUUUAAUGUUUGGAAAAAUCAGUUAAUGAGGAAUUAUAAAAGAAGAUGUUUUCUAGAAAAUACUCCAGUGUGGCUGACUGAUAAAACACCGAUAGAAGAAGCCGCACAUCUAAGACGUUUUGUAGAACAAUCUGCUUUGAAAAACAUGAAUGCAUUUCACCAAGGAUAUAGGUUUACUGGUCAAUUAAAAUUAUAUCCUUCUCCUGAGGCAUAUAAUGUAAUGGAAAUAAUCAAAUCUCCUCUCCUAAAACGAAUGAAAUACAUUAAUUACCCAUAUGAUAAAUGUUUCUUUUGGAAAGUUACUCUAGUAGCGCCAAGAACUGAUAAAUGGAUGUGUAAAAAGAUAGAUACAGUAAAAUGGAUUCUAGACGCCUUUUGUGACGGCAGGAAACACGACGCUUCUGAUAGUUUAAUACAUGUCAAAAAACAGUCUUGGAAUAAUCUGAUAGACUUUGCUAUAGCUAUUAGUUUGAUAUGGCAAAAACGGCAUAAUGUUGAAGCCAUAGAAGGUACAAAUGGUUUCCUAUUUUACUUCACAGAGUUUGAUAAAAAUUGUGCGGACACCAUUAUGGAUACUAUGAAGCAUAAGUAUUCACAUCAAAUUGUACCAGUAGCCAUAAUUUUACCAAAAAUGAGUGAUGAUACAAUCCUGAAAUCCAUAGAAUGUAUUUUGUCAAAACUUUUGAAUGAUAAAAUUAUAUCAACAUUUAAGAUAUAUAAUAUUGAGCCUCAGAAUAUUGUAAAUUCUUUGAAUUCAUGUACAAAGAGUUCAUUAAAAUGGAUUGCAAAAAUGUAUCCUCAAGUUCCAAACCUAGAAGUAGAUUUAUUGAAAUCAUUUUGUCAGCGGUAUUUAGGAAAUGAAAUAUGGUGUAGAUUGAAGUCGGAAAGAGAUGUUAGGGUUAGUACUAUCCUAAAGGAUAUAAGAAGACUUGUUAAAUGUUAUAAUAUUGCUGUUGAACAGUUGAUUGAAGUCGUCACUAAUGAAGAUUUAUUCAAUUAUCCUCCAUUUCCAUUGGAAUUCAAAGAAUUUUUAGACAUUACAUCUCCAUAUCCCAAACCUUACGAGUUUAUACCAAGCAGUGCAAGAAAUACGGAAAACACAUCUGCUGUGAGAGAAAUGAUGAAACAAUUGAGGCUACCAGAUCCAACAACAGAUUUCAAAGCAAUAGAUGUCCCCACAUUGCAACAACAAAUAAGAAAAUAUUGCAAGCAAAUAGGCUGGUUUAAAGAUCCAGAAGAAGUUGUAUGUAAGAUAGUUGCAGUCUUACCAAAUCAAUUUUCUGAUUUAGAUAUGCCAUGUGAAGAAUUCACUGAACAUUUUGUUAAUUAUAAUCUAGUAGAUUUCUUGAAUAUUAUUGUUUAUGAGAAAAUCAAUCGGCUUAAUGACUUUGGCAAUAGGUUUGUAAUUUAUGAGCCAUCAGUGUUACAGGAAUAUAGAAAUUGUCAUUGGGUCUAUGAGACUGACGUGAUAUCAAGAAUUAAACAUAGAGCUAUAGAAUAUGAAGACGAUAUAGAUUAUUAUUUAAAAGCAAAAAGGCGCAAGAUUACUUUGGCUUCUAUGGAAUACAUAUUGGAGGAUAAAGAUGCUACAAUGGUUGAAGAAAAUAUUAAAAAUCAUGAAGAGAGUAUAUCAAAAUAUAAUGAUUGUGAACAAGCUGUCAAACAGCUUGAAGAAAAAUUGGAAGAAGAAAAGCAAAAAUCUAUACAGCUAGAGAAAUUGUUAAGAUUAGCACUUUCAGAUGAAAAGAAAUGAAUUGAUAUUUUUUGUGUAUUUGGAACUACCAAAUAUUUUUUGCCAAGUUAGAAUAAAAUGAAUUUUAAUUUGUAGAA